AUGUCCAUCUCCAGUGACGAUGACACUGCGGUGGGGGCUCGGGUUCCCGGCUUCUACGACAAUCAGACAGUGUCUCAAGAAGGGACAGUUGACUCGUUCAUUAUUCGAAAUAUCCACACGAAACGCGAGCGCGCGCGCCGGGGCGAAGACCCGGACGGCUCAGACCGAGGAUUUUUCCAGGCGUUUGUGGCGAGCUUCAAGCAGUGCUGUGCCCCGAGCGGUCGGAAGGGGGUGAACGGGAAGGGUCAGGGUGAUAUCCGCAAGAAAGGCGCUAAUGACGUGCAGUCGGGAGAGCCCCCGAAGAAUCUCCUGUACGGAGGCAAACGGGCUGCGACGUACACUGAGGGGUCCAGCUCGAGCUCGAGCGCAUCGCAGGGAGAGACAGAGGGUGGAACUGUCCCCAAGAGCGGCGCGCGAUUGGCGUCCGUAGCCGUGUCCUGGCGAAUCAAUGACACCACCGGCGCCAGCCGCACAGUCGUCCUGACAUCGGCGCAGGCUGCCUGGGCCACACUUGUCUGGUGCGUGCGCCUGGAAAAUAGCGAAAGGAUGUCCGGGAGAAUGCUCGCGGAAAUUCUUCUCGGAGCCGAGCAACAAAGGCGAGAAGUCGACCUAAACUUGUGUCUCAAGAACACCCCUCAGUUCCAGUCUGUGGAGCUCCUACGAAAGGUUGAGGGACGAGUCAUGGAAGACCUCCUAGGCGACUUCUCUGGGACGCUGAACGAUGUCACGCGCGCCGCCAACGGAGAAGGCGGCGACGCCAGCUCUGCUGGCGUGUACAUGAUCGUUUCCAAAAUUCGAGUUCUCGGACUGUACGCAAGAAAACAAGGGGAAUUCCUCGACCUCUCAGUCUUUGACCCCUCUCCCAGUGAGCAGGACUUCUUCCCGCCUUCCUUCGUCGGCUUCCGCAGACUGGACGACCUGCUGGAGUUUACCGUCGAAACGUUCAACCGAGAUCCCCGAGUCAAGCGCGCGCCUCAGGCCAAAAUCACCGCUUUUCUCUUCAGGAGUAAACUCACAUAUGGACCUUCCGUCCACCAGAAGGACUACGGCACUAGGCGACCUGUUGGCAAGGACGAUUGGAUAAAGAAAGAGGGUCUCGCGCAGAGAGACCCGCAAUUCGAGGCCAAGGUUAUGUACACAAACAUGUACCGCGCUACGGAGCAAUCUCCGGCGGACGAGAACAUCUUUGCCAUGGAACCUGGAACUGGCAUGCAGAUUCGCGACAACCGUGAGGCAAAUGCCAGGAAAAACUUCAAGACCCGUGAUGAGCUGGAUUCCGAGGACAGCUUUUCGCGAGGAAGGCGAUAA